UCAAGAAGGGUCUACUACCAAUGCCAGUUUGUCUCCUUCUGUGUGCAUUUCCACAGCAAGCUCACUGUCUAAACCUGGACCUGAACAACUUUACAGUCUACUCGGGACCCCAGGGCAGUUAUUUUGGAUUCUCUGUGGAUUUUUGGCAGUUCAAGAAAUCAGUUAGUGUCAUUGUUGGAGCUCCGAAGGCCAACACGAGCCAGCCUGGAGUGGCCGAGGGCGGGGCCGUGUUCCUCUGUCCCUGGUCACCGGAGGGAGGGUCAUGUCACAGCAUGGCCUUUGACAGCACAGGUGACGAGGAGCGCAGCUUCUCAGGCGAGCGUCUACAGUCUUUCAAAUCCUACCAGUGGUUUGGGGCGAGCGUGCGAUCCGGAGACAGCCACAUCCUGGCAUGCGCCCCACUCUUCCACUUCAACAAGAUUGACGGGGACAAGGAAUCUGGGAACACUCCAAUCGGCAACUGCCAGAUCCUGGACAUGCAGACCGAGAAGCUGACUGACUAUGCCCCCUGCAGAGAUGUCCUAACUGAAGACAUCUACCAGCUCAUGAAGUACUAUGGGGACAAGCGAUACUGUGAAGCAGGAUUCAGCUCAGAAAUGACAAAGGAUGGAAUGGUCCUGCUUGGUGCUCCGGGUAGUUUCUUCUUUCAAGGCCAGGCCAUUGUUGCAAAUUUAAGCAACAUCCUGAAAAGCACUCAGAUCCAAAGUGAACCGCUUGAUGUACCUGGGAUGAUUUCUUCCUCAGAGAGUGGUCCUUAUGACGUAUAUCAGGGUUACUCCGUGGCCACGGGCGAGUUCACAGGAGACUCCACGCCAGACUACGUGGUCGGUGUUCCCAAUGACCGAAACAAAGCUGGCUCAGUCAAAAUCUAUAAUGGGAAAUCAUUGCAGUUAUUAAGAGUAUUCCACACAUUCUAUGGAACUCAGGUGACCGCUUACUUUGGCCACUCCGUUGCGGUGACAGACAUCAAUAACGACGGGCGUGACGAUGUCCUGAUCGGGGCCCCCCUGCACAUGGAGCGGCAGUCGAGUCAGCACCUCGUGGAGGUAGGACAGGUGUGCGUGUACCUGCAGAGAGAGCACUCUGCCUUCGCUGCCAAGCCCGACCAGAGGCUGACGGGAGGAGACCCGUACGGCCGGUUCGGCAGUGCUGUCGCUCCGCUGGGUGACCUCGAUAUGGACGGCUUCAAUGAUAUUGCAGUGGGAGCCCCCUUCUCUGGGGAUAACGGCCUUGUUUUCAUCUUCGUGGGACAGAGUGACGGGAUGGCCCCCCAGUACACCCAGGUCCUCCCAAGCCCUUUCCAUCCCCUUGGCAGCCCGGCGGCAUUUGGUUUCGCUCUCAGAGGGGGCACUGACAUCGAUGCCAAUGGCUACCCAGAUCUUAUAGUUGGAGCGUGGGGCGUCAGUCAGAUUGCUGUGUACAGAGCACAGGCAGUGGUGAGAGCGAAGGCCCAGCUGUCCCUCCAUCCUGACUUUCUCAAUCCAGAUGAGAAACGCUGCCAGCUGCCCAAGACCGGGCAGUCUGUCUCCUGCUUCAUAAUCAGCAUGUGUGUCAGUGUAUCGGGGCACAGCAUUCCAGAGGAAAUAGUCCUGGACACAGAGCUCCAGCUGGACAAGAUGAAGCAGAAAAUGGCCAGAAGGACACUGUUUCUGCAGUCCCAGCAGCCACAGGAGCACUUCUCCCUGACCAUUCAGAGGAAAGAAGGAGUGGCCUGCACAAACCGGACCGCCUACCUGCGGCAUGAGUCAGAGAUCAGAGACAAGCUGAGUCCUAUAUUCAUUGCUCUCAACUACAGUCUGAGUAACUCACCAGAGGCUGUGUUGCAUGGACAGAAGUCAGCAGUUGUGCAGACUCGGAUCAUCCUGGACUGUGGUGAGGACAACGUCUGCAUUCCUGACCUGCAUCUGACCGCUGAAGCGGGGACAGACCGCCUUCUGAUUGGGGACGAGAACCCCGUGCUUCUGCUUAUUGGGGCAGAGAACAAGGGGGAGGGGGCCUAUGAGACGGAGCUGCAGAUCCACACGCCUGCCCACUCGCACUACCAGGGUGUGCUGAGUGACAGAGAGGGCUUUAGCCGGCUGGUGUGUGCACAGAAGAAAGAGAACGGGACAGUGAUCGUGGUUUGCAAUUUGGGAAACCCCAUGAAACAAGGCCAACAGCUCAAAGCAGGUCUGUACUUCAAUGUGGGCAACCUGGAAGAGGUGGAAAGCCAUGUGUCCUUCCAAAUGCAGAUCAGAAGCAAGAACAGCAAAAAUCCAGACAGCAACAUCGUGAAUCUGAGAAUCAACGUCAGCGCAGUGGCCAGUCUGAAAAUGAGAGGGGGCUCCUCCCCCCUUGAGUGCGUUCUUCCAAUCGCGCAGUGGGAGCCAAAGUCGGAGCCCGCAACCCUGGAGGAGAUUGGCCCCCUCGUCGAGCAUGUCUAUGAGCUGCAGAAUCUGGGCCCUGGAACAGUCAGGGCUCAAGUGGAGGUAGUUUUCCCCUCCCGCCAGCAGGGGGAGUUCCUGCUCUAUGUGUUCGCUAAUGCCUCAGAGGAGUACCUCACCUGCCACACCAGCUCCCCCUACAUUGACCUUUACAAGCUGGUGAAACCUGUCGACAUGUCCAACGCAAGCGUCUACACCGUGCACCGGAUCAACAAGCGAGAUGCAGAGCUGGAGCCUCAGCGCAAAGAGACCAUCCAUGUGAACUGCUCCAGUGAGGCCACUUGUGUGAGGUUUGUCUGCGAGGCCCCGAGGCUAGAGAGGGGAUGGAGUGCGGUAGUGAAGGUGAUGUCCAGACUGUGGGUUCACACCUUCCUGGAGAGACCCUAUGAAAAUCAUGUGCUGCACUCUACAGCAUCUUACCAAGUGCUGAGCAUGCUCUCCAAGAUCCAACCAGCAGUGCUUCCCAGUGGAGAAGCAAAGACCAACACCAGCGUUGUGUGGAGGCGUCCAGAUGGGGAGAAGGAGGUGCCAGUGUGGUGGAUAGUGGUGGCUAUCAUCGCAGGCCUCUUCCUGCUGACACUGCUCAUCUUCAUCUUCUGGAAGGUUGGAUUUUUCAAGCGCACUCGCCCACCAAGUGAUGAGGAUGAUGAUACCGAGGAGCUCAGGCCGGCUCAAUCGGACUGCACAGAUAUGAAUCCUAGUGCUGCAAACUGAAAACUGAGACACUUAGCUAGCUUCCUACUUCAGAUAUGUGCACAAUAAAUGGUCUCCAGAGCCAGAUUAAAUAGCAACAGUUCACACUUCCCUGUAAUUAGACUAAUUCAUUAAGCAGUAUAGCUAAAUGUCUGAUUUAAGCAUCUGUGAAAAUGAGAAAUAAAUGGCCUUUUUACCCCACAGUCAACUGUUAGAACCUAUAAGAUUCUAUAAGGUUAUGAAAAAAUCCCAUUGUUCAUUUCUUUUCUGCCCUGAACAGAAUUUUUCUUUUCUGCCCUGAAUCAAUUCACUGACUGGCAAAGACACCACCUGAGAUUAAAAUGAGGAUUUCAUUUAUUGCAACUAGAAUGUGGGUUUAUGUAACAGGACAAUUAAAACUAUGUAUAUGUUACAUUUAGGAAAUAGUUUAAUUAUUAUGUAUAUGCUGUUUAGACAGCUUAUUUUUCUGUUAACUUAUGUCUUGUCUAAAUUGUUUCAGGUGGGGUCACGUGAUUGAACAGUGGUUGAUUAAUUUGACAGAAGGUUUGCCUUCAAUAUAAGGGAAACAAUUUUGUGAAUGUGAAUGUAUGUGAAUGAUUUCAAUGCUGU